CAAUGCCGAGAGCAGUCGUGGAAAUAGACUUCUUCGCCAUGGAGAACGCUCGAUCCUACAGCGCCGUGAAUAGCGACUCCGCCGCAGGCGGUGGAAUCAAUCUGAGCGCCUUCUCCGCGAUCGAUCGGCUUCUCUCUCAAAGAGUGAUUUCCUCACAACCCACCUUCGCCGAGAUGCCGCUAACUCAGCCUCAGGCGGAUCGAUUCUUCUCCAAUUGUCCGAUGCCGAUCCCCUCUGUAGAUCCGUCACUCAGGCCGCCGGCGAUGAAGACGGAGAGCAAAUCGGUAACAGCGCCAUUGACGAUCUUUUACGACGGCAAGGUCUCUGUUUUCGAUCUGCCGCGACAUAAGGCGGAAGCUAUAAUGAAGUUUGCGAUGGAAAACCGCAGCAACGUCGACUACAGUGCCGGGUUAGGUUUAUUGGCGAAAUUUAACCAUGGAUUAUUGCCGCUGGCGCGAAAGAAAUCGUUGCAGCGUUUCCUGGAGAAGCGUAAGCAAAGGAUAAUGGCAGCAGCAGCAGGUCCCUAGCUACAAGAGGGAGCAAGAGAAACUUUAAUUUUUUUCAAUGUGUCAUUCACACCGAUGCCAAAUAUUUUAUCUUUUUCUAGUGGAAAAACUCCUGUGAUUAUCUUUCAUUUGUCUGGUUGAAGUAACGUAUGUUUAUGUGUGUUCUCUUUAUUGCGAUAAAGAAA